UAAUUGAAAAAUUUGUUGAUGUAUUGUGUUGGUUAAGUGUGUUUGUGUUGGAUUUGUAAAUUGGUCGGGUGUGGGUUUGAUACAUUGUGUGGGGGAAUUUUUUGAAGUUUUAUUUUGAACGUUGUUUUGAUAGUUUUUGGUGAUUUUUAAGUUUGAAAAAAUUUUUGGGGCUCUAAUGUCCCCUUUUAAAAUAAAAACAAAACGCCAGAAAAUUUAUUUUUCCUUGUUUGAUUUUUGAUCUUUAAUUUUUUUUUCAACACAGCUGAUAUUUAAAUAAAUAUUUUUUGGAAGCAUAAUUAAGUUGAAAAAAUUAAUUUUAAAUAAUUUUUUGAAGCGGUUGAAUUGAGAAUUUUUUAAAAUGCCAGAAGCUCCAUCCAAAACUUCAAAUCAUCAAAGAAUAAAAGAAAUGAUGUUACAUUUGUCACCAGAAAAGGCUGAAAUACCUUAUAAUGUUUGUUUUGAUGAGUCGAAAAAUCUGUGGGUGGCUAGUAAAGGAGGUUUAUUUAAAUUCGAUAUUUCAACAAAAAAGAUACUUUUCUCGAUGAAAAAUGAUUUUCCGAAGAAGAUUGCUGCUUAUCCACAAAUUUUGAUGUAUAAAAAUAAGUUAAUUUAUGUAACUGGUGACUUGGAAUUAAUGCAAUUUCGAAUUCUUGAUCAACUAGGCAACAUUGAACAUGAAAGCUUUAUUGAAGGAAAAGUACAAAGUUUGGCUAUAACUAAACUUGGAGAUUUAUUUAUGACAAAACAAAUGAAGUCUGCGUCUCCUGAACUUGAACAGAAUAAUUCUGGGAUGGAUGAAUCGAUUAUUUGGAGAUCACAUAUAGACUUUCCUUCAGCCUGGGAUGAAUUUGCUUCUUCAUUUGAUGAAUGUUUUCAAUGUUUGUGUUUAUUGGAUGAUGAAACAUUAGCAGUCUCUGUUGCUUCUAUUCCUGUCAAUAUUUAUUCAAAACAAUCAAUAAAAUUGAUAAAUACCAAAACUGGACAAUUAAUCGGAAAACCAUUUUCUUCAUGUGGAAAAGAAGCAGGCCAAAUAUUUUUCCCUCGUUGUAUGCGUCCUUUCAACAAUUCUCAAAAUUUAUUAAUAAUGGAUAAAACUGGAAGAUUUUUAAAAUUUGAUAAAAAUGGACAAUUUAUUGAAAUUUGUGCAAAAAUUGAUGAUUAUAUUGGUAAUGGUUUUACUUUAAAAAAUGGAGAAGAGGAAGCUGUUAUUGCUUGUAAUGGAAUUGUUUUGGAUGAGAAAGGCGAAAGUAUUUGUGAUGAUUGGAUAGAAGCAAUUAAAUUGGAUGGAUCUAGAUGGACAGAAGAAUAGGA